CGGAGCCGCCCCUGUCGUCAGUGCUGUCGGCAAGUGCUGGGAGCCGGGGCCGGUGCCUCCUCCCUCUUUUCCUCCUCCAUUGUAUAAUGCUGCGUGAUCGCAGCCGCCAGGGCAGAGCGGAGGCUUAAAUCCUCACGCCGCCUGCGCCUGCUGCUUCCUUCUCCUCCUCCUCGACCUCUUCCUCCUCCGCAUCCCAGCCAGCCCCUCCCCGGAGCGGCGCGGGAGCGACAUAUGGAGCUGCUUUAGGGCGGGAGUUUGCGACCUUCCCCCCUUACCCCUCUCCGGCUCCAUGCGUUAGUUUUCAGGUGGAGCUGCAUGUGAUAUAUGUUGGGGAAAGGAGGAAAGCGGAAGUUUGAGGAGCAUGAAGAUGGGUUGGAAGGCAAAGUGGUGUCUCCCACUGAUGGUCCCUCUAAGGUGUCUUACACCUUACAGCGUCAGACUAUCUUCAACAUUUCCCUUAUGAAGCUGUAUAACCACAGGCCAUUAACCGAGCCCAGCUUGCAAAAGACAGUUUUAAUUAACAACAUGUUAAGGCGGAUCCAGGAAGAACUGAAACAAGAAGGCAGCUUGAGGCCCGUGUUCGUGACCGCAUCACAGCCUGCCGACCCCCUCAGCGACAACUUCCGCGAGGCCCAGCCAGCAUUCAGCCAUCUCUCCCAGCCCCUCCUCACCACCGACUUCGUAAGCACUACGCCCCUGGAGUCCUGCCUCACCCCAGCCUCGUUGCUGGAGGACGACACUUUUUGCACUUCCCCGGCUGUCCAGCCUGAUGGGCCCACAAAACUGGCCCCUCCUGCUCUCCAAGCAGUAAAGGACAGCUUCUCCUCAGCCUUGGACGAGAUCGAGGAGCUUUGUCCAGCACCUACCUCCGCAGAGGCAGUAGCAGCUGACACGGGAGCCCAGGACUCUAAGGAGGACCCUGGUGAGUCCAACCUUCAAAAGCCUGAGGGCUUCCCGGAGAGCAGAACAGCUGAAUCAAAACUCAUGGACUCGCUACCUGGCAACUUCGAGAUCACGACUUCCACAGGGUUCCUCACAGACUUGACCCUGGAUGACAUCCUGUUUGCUGACAUUGACACGUCCAUGUACGAUUUUGACCCCUGCACGUCUGCCACGGGGGCUGCCUCAAAAAUGGCUCCCGUCUCGGCGGACGAGCUCCUCAAAACCCUUGCUCCCUACAGCAGCCAACCAGUAACUCCAAAUCAGCCUUUCAAAAUGGACCUCACAGAACUGGAUCACAUCAUGGAGGUGCUCGUUGGGUCUUAGAACGUAGAGAUAUAGCAACUUUUGGGUUGUUUUGUUUUGUUUAAUGUUCAUUUGAAGUCCUCAGUAUAUUCCACACUUGGUAGUGUUCCAUAGUCCCUUCCCAGUGCCGGUUUCACAGCAGCACUGUGCAUGCAUCCUUUGCUUGCCUUUCUUUGGAAGAGAAAAAGGAUCCCACACUAGUUUUUUGCUUCAAGCAGAGUUGGAGUGCCUUCAUCCACUUAUGACCACUUCUGAUGGAUUUUAAUUUUUAUUUCUUACUUUGUUAAAGUGGUUCCUCAAGGAAGACCGAAAAAAAUCCUGCUAUGGGAAAAAGGAUAUUGUAAAACAAUGUUAUUACCAAAAAACAACCAACCAACCACAAACAAACAACAAAAAAAGAAAAACAAAAAAGAUGAAAA